AAAUAGAUAUAUCAUCUCCUCUGCACUCCAAAGUCGUCGGCUCUCUGACAUUCAAACUUGUCUCCUCUCCGGCGUGUCUACUCAGUCUCCUCUUCAACUUCUCAACUCGUCUUCUCUCUGACACUUGAAAUCUCUGUGAACUCUCCAUAACUUGUCUUAAAUCGUCAGUGCAUCGAACUGUUUGUCUUCAUCAGAGUUUGGAAUAACGAAAGAAUAUCCUCAAAAAGUCUCAAAGCUCACUCUUCAAAUUCUUUUCUCUACAUCUUGAUCCGCACCAUUUUACUCUUACUUGAAUUGCCUUGGCCCUCCUAGGAAAUGGCUUGGGCACCUACUCACACUCGCACUGCCGCCGCCAUUUUUCUCUUCUUAUAUCUCCUCCAACCAACUCCUGCCACUCCGACCGCAAAUCUCUUGCAUGGUGUCACCCAUCCCGCCAUGGUAUUGGCGCUCUACCAAUUCCCUCCUCAUAUCUCGAGAGGCAGCUUUUCGAAUUGUCGUUGUCACCUGUAGAGAUUCACAUCUAGUUCGCACCCUAACACUCGUAUGCAACUCUACAACAAUCUACUUCUCAACAGGUAUUAUACUACACACCUCUAGAUCGUUACACCACCUCAACAAUCUGCUCUCAUUAUUGAAACUGGGAGUACUAUUACCUAAGUCCCCUGUGCUACUUGUGAGCAGUGCGGCAGGCAUCAGGGUACAAUGUUUUUACAAGAGACAGUAUGCUGAGAGGAGUUCAAGCAGUGGUGUUCAUUCUCAUUAUGGAAUGGUGGGAUGGAUAUUGGCGGGGAUCCUAUGGUUCCCGAUGAUAUAUAUCCAUAGCAAACAUGGUCUUUGCUCAUUCAGCCCCUCUGUGCAGGUUUCUGAUAAGAAGUGCAAGAAACAAAGAGCAAACUGAGGAUACUGUGGAUUUCAAUCUCACAGUGGCAAGGCAGCUUUCGAUAGGGAUGUUCUGGCUGUUUUCUGAUGUGUUUAUGAUUUACUUAAUGACUAAUGCACUUACCAGCGAAAUGUAACUUUUUCUCUGACAGGGCAACAUAUAGAGGAAUGCCUGAGAGAUAUCCUCAGACUGGUCCAAACGCUUAUGAUUAUCAAGUUCCUGGCCAGCCUGUUUUGGCUCAGCAACCAAAUGAUCAAAGAAUAUGUUUUUAUCCCCAAGAUGAUAAGAGUUAAUGUAACUUCCUACGGUGCAGUCUUCACACCAGCCAUUUAUGUAGUUAUUAAAUGCAAGCUUUGUAUGCAACUUUUAGUGGGUGGAUAUGCAGAGAAUUUAUCCCUUAUUCCUCUCUUCUUAUAAAAUAUGCGUUUCUGUCCUAUAA